AAUAUUGAGAAUGACUCUGCAUGAGAUGGUUCAGACUGCGGCCAGAUUAUAUCCCGAAAGAAGAGCUGUGUGCUUUGAUGCGUGCAACUCUCAGAUUCCAGUUUACUACAAGUAUAAGACAGUUAUGCGCCUUGCUACAGAGCUUACAGACUUCCUGAGGAAACAUUGCAACCUUACUGAAAAUUUGGAAAUCGGUCUCUACUGUUAUCCGGGGAUAAACCUACCUUCUUGGAUUCUAGGAAAUUCACAACUACCUAUGGACACUUGUACAGCCAGAAUUCUCUUCAAAGGCAGAGAAUUGGUUUAAUUCUUUUCCAAAGGCAGAGUGGUGUUCCAUUGACCAAAUAUGGAAAUGCAGAGAGUGAAAGUUCUGUGGUCGAAAGGGUCCGUCAAGAACAACAACGUGAUGUUAGACCACCCAAAGAUUUGUUGAAUGUCAGAGAGAAACAUUCCCUGGCAUAUAUUUUACACACAUCUGGAACAACAGGACUCCCCAAAAUUGUGAGGGUGCCUCAUAAAUGCAUCGUACCAAAUAUCCUUCACCUUAGACUUCUGCAGGUACCUGCUGCGUAUUCUCCCAUCGAUCCAGAUGCCUUGUCCAGCCUCUAUACUUCCUUCAUGAAGACAUGUGGUUUCCAAUACGUUCUUGUUGAAGAAGAUAAAGUUGAUUCCUUGUUUUACAUCUCUCUUCCUUCUGCCUGUUCACCCAUCCUUUUUUCAGAUUUGAUGCUGCUAUACCACUGGGAACACCAUUAUCUGGAACAGCAGUUGAAGUCAAAGAUGCUGAAGGCUUCCUUGUCCAAGAAGGUGAAGGCCAAGUAUUUAUAG